CUCUCUGUGGAGAUAUAUGUAAAUUUAUCUAGCGUACCCCAAGAGCUUGAAUUCAGCGCAGAAAACCGGUUUUAAAACUAUGAACAUGGAUAAGAGCAAGAGCAGUGAUAUGGAAUCGAGCGAAAAAAAAUUGAUUGAAAAAGGGAAAGAAGCAAACGGCGAGCAGGCUAGUGAUGCUAGUGGCAGUAGCAGCGCUGUUGAUGAACGUGACGUUCAAGUUGUCGAGAUAGAGGAUGAACGCGAACAGUGGGGGAAGAAAGCGGAUUUUCUUCUCUCUUGUAUCGGCUUUGCGGUGGGGUUGGGAAAUGUUUGGCGGUUCCCCUAUUUGUGCUACGACAACGGUGGAGGGGCUUUCCUCAUUCCCUACCUAAUCAUGCUUGUGUUGUGUGGAAUGCCAAUGUUCUACAUGGAGUUGGCUGUUGGCCAGUAUUUCAGCCUUGGGCCAAUAGGGACAUGGGGUGCAAUUUGUCCAUUGUUUCAAGGUGUUGGAUUUGCAAGCAUGAUGGUGUCUUUCCUUGUUUGUGUUUACUAUAAUAUCAUCAUUGCUUGGUGUCUUUACUUCCUCUUCUUGUCAUUCCGCAAAGAUGUACCUUGGAAGUCGUGUGGAAAUUGGUGGAACAGUGAGAAGUGUUAUGCUGGGCGGAUUCCAGAAUGUUCUUCUGGCCUUUCUAAUGGCACAGUUGUCCUUGCAAAUAGCACUGCUGCACUUGCUAAUUCAACACUCAAAAACUGCACAAAGGCAGCAGUAGAUGAUUUUUCUUCUCCAGCCCUAGAGUACUGGCAAAAUUAUGUCUUGCGUUUAACAGACAGCAUUGGGGAUGCUGGAGUUUUUAGAUGGGAAAUAUUGCUUUGUUUGCUAGCUGCUUGGAUUGGGGUGUAUUUCUGUAUGUGGAAAGGAGUCAAGUCAUCUGGAAAGGUUGUGUACUUCACAGCAACGUUCCCCUAUGUGGUACUUUUUAUUCUAUUUAUCCGUGGAGUCACGCUUCCUAAUGCGAAAGAAGGGAUUGUUUAUUAUUUGAAACCUCAGUGGUAUCGACUCAAAGAUCCCAAGGUAUGGGUUGCAGCUGCAACUCAGAUUUUCUACUCCCUUGGAAUUGGCUUUGGUUCUUUGGUGGCCAUGGGAAGUUACAACAAGUUCCACAACAAUGUUUUCAAAGAUGCAAUGAUGAUUUCUUUGAUCAACUGUGCAACUAGUGUUUUUGCUGGCUUUGUUAUUUUCUCUACACUUGGCUUCAUGGCACAUAGCCUCAACAAAAAAAUUGAAGAUGUGGCAAGUUCAGGUCCUGGCCUGGCCUUUGUGGUUUAUCCAGAAGCCAUUGCUCAGAUGCCAGUUUCGCCUCUUUGGGCUAUUCUGUUCUUUUUCAUGCUGCUUACUUUGGGCCUGGACAGUCAGUUUGGUAUGAUGGAAGCAGUAAUUACGGGAGUUGUGGAUGAGUACCGCAUCUUCAGAAGACACAAAGAACUCUUCAUCCUGGUGGCUUGUAUUUUGUGCUUCCUCCUGGGCUUACCAUGUGUCACACAGGGAGGAGCAUACGUGCUAAACCUAUUUGACUACCAGUCAGGAGGUGUUUCUCUUCUGUUCCUGGCUUUCUUUGAAACUGUAACCCUGGCCUGGAUUUAUGGCACUGACAGGUUUUCUCUUGACAUUGAGAAAAUGAUAGGUCGUCGUCCAGGAGCUUGGUGGUGGUUUUGCUGGAGGUUCUGUGCACCUCUCAUCAUGGCAGGAAUCUUCUUGUUCAGUGUAUCGCAAUGGGGUGGUAUCUCUUAUGGUGACUAUAAGUAUCCACCAUGGGCUGAAUUUAUUGGAUGGCUUAUUGCCUUGUCUUCAAUGCUCUUCAUUCCUGGAGUGGCAAUCUACAACUUGUACAUGACACCUGGCACAUUUAUGGAGAGACUUUACAUCUGCCUGAAACCAGACCCAGUUGUGCAAAAAGAAAUUGAGGAAAGGCAAGGUCUUGAACACCAAGUUGAACUUAUAAAAGUGUAAAAUUGAGGGUUAAAGAUAUUGAUUUUGUAAAUAUAGUCUGAAUUGCUUCAAAGAAGAUCAGAAAUGUUCAUUUGGUGAUGCUAUAUAAAUAGAACAAGGAUUGAUCCUACAGCCCAGCACUGGCCAAAAGAUUAUUGGUGAUAUACAUGUACAUAACUCUUACAUGCAAGAAUGGAUGUGUAUAUGUAAAGAUGUGGCAUGAGACUUCAGGAUUCAGUGCUGGUUGUUGGAAGUGUGGAUAACACUACCCAGUGAAUAAAUCUCUAUCCAGUGGGUAGCACAGUACAGUUCUUUAGCUCUUAUGUCUGAUGUCUGCAGGAUAAAAAUUUAUCCAUUGGAUAGAAUUAUCUGCCCUUUGAAUAACUGGGUCCUGUUGUUCUUCUGAUUUAAGUAUCAUAAAGAACUUCAUGAGGAAGCACAAUUCAAGGUUAUUUGGUGAAAUUUUGCUACCUCUCUUGUAGUUAACUGUAAAGUUCUCCUAGUCGGUAUUGUGGUACCAAAACAUCAGCCUUCCCUUUCCUUCAUGUAGUAUUGAACUUUACUGGAAAGCCAGAAAAGAAGAAAGCCUUUAGUAGUUAAGCUUUGUUUUUUUAUCCCAAGUUGUUUAGCAACACUGUGUGUUAGGUGUUGGUACUUCUGAAUAUA